AUGAAGAUCUCUCUCUUCCUCCUCUCCUUCCUCGUUCUCUUGCCUCUCUCCCUACAGGAUCCGAGUCCUGGAGUCAAAGCACCGACUCAGGCUCACGCAGAGCUCACGAACCAUGGGUUCCCAAUCGGACUGCUUCCUUUAUCCGUCAAAAAUUACUUCAUCAACCAAACCUCCGGCGAGUUCUCUCUCUUCCUCGACGGGACAUGCAACAUCAAGCUUCCACCUGACAACUACCUCGCGACUUACUCGAAGAAGGUAACGGGUCGAAUUUCACCGGGUAAGAUCGCGGAGCUCCAGGGAAUUCGGGUCUGGGCGUUUUUCAAGUAUUGGUACAUCACCGGGAUUCGAAUCUCCGGGGAUAACCUUGUCUUUGAGGUCGGUGUUGCAAGCGCAAAAUACCCUUCAAAGAAUUUUGACGACAGUCUUGAUUGCGAAGGGAAACGAUCAUCUUCCUGA